AUGUCGACUUCUUCUGGCACUCCAGAGUCCUGGAUCACCUCCUUCUGCUCCCUGCUCGGCCACGAGUACUUCGCCGAGGUCUCAGAGGAAUUUAUCGAGGAUGACUUCAAUCUCACGGGCCUGCAAAACCAGGUGACUAUGUACAAGGAAGCACUAGAGAUGAUUCUAGAUGUGGAACCAGAGGAUGAUGACGACGAGGAGGAAGAGGAGGACGACGAGGAGCUGGACGAGUCAGGAGAGGACAGGAUGAGGCACCACGGCGAAAGGCGGCACCAUAGUAGGAUUGCCAGCGAUCUGUCGGUGAUCGAGUCCUCUGCAGAGAUGCUCUACGGGCUGAUACACCAACGGUUCAUCUGCUCGCGAGCAGGCAUUCAACAAAUGUCGGAAAAGUACGAGCUGGGCCACUUUGGCGUCUGUCCGAGAACAAACUGCAACCAGGCGAGGACUCUGCCAGUCGGGCUGUCAGAUAUCCCGGGCGAGCACACCGUCAAGCUGUUCUGCCCUUCCUGUCUCGACGUCUACGUGCCUCCCAACAGCCGCUUCCAGACGGUGGAUGGCGCGUUCUUUGGAAGGACCUUUGGUGCACUAUUCCUCCUCACCUUCCCCGACUACGAUCUCAGCAAGCACGGGGCGGAUAUUCUGAGCCAGAGCGCGGCGCUGCUCCACGCAUCCGGUCAACGAGACGAUAAUGUUAUGAUCAAUGGUAUGUACGCCAAGAAUAUCGCGCCAGGGCUGGGCAGGCCCAAGAUCUACGAGCCGAAGAUCUACGGAUUCAGGGUAUCAGAGAUGGCGCGGUCGGGCCCCAGGAUGCAAUGGCUGCGAGACAAGCCCGAGGACAUCAACGAGCUGGACGAGGCGCGCCGUUUCGCCGAGGACCACCCGGAUUCUGAGGACGAGGAUGAGAACAUGAACAGCAACGGGCGGCAGGCGGGGCGGAGGCGGCCGGCAGGGAACGCGCGUCUUCGCGCCCAGAGGCAAACGCAGAAUGGCAGCCCCAUGAAUGUGGAGGCCAACGGCAGCGUGGAGUCGGAGUUGUGA